CAUAUAUACGGAAGGAAAGUCUGGGUACGUCGGAUCGAAUCACAGGCAGGAGGGUGGGCUGGAUUAUACUAAUCAAUAUAGAAGAAUGGCGGUGUGUGUGGACGAUGCAGCCGGAGAACCUCAUGCUUAUGGAGAUGUCAUGGCCCUCAUGGAAGAGCUCAUACCUUUUCAAGAGGGGUUGUUGAGAUCCACACAGGUCAUGUUUCUCCAUGGAGAUCACAGAUACAAGAAACUUGCAGCAAUUGCUGAUGUUCUCCAUGACUUGACAAGGAGGCUUCUAGAAGUAUGCCGACUUAAUGGCGAUGGUUCUCAACUGAAUGAAAGAAUGAUGGACAUGCGUCAUCGCCAUUUACAGGGAAUCAGCCAAAGUCAUCGUAAGUGGAGAGGGGUUUGGGGCACAGUGCAGAUGUUUCUGAUGCGCCGAUACUUGGGCAAGGAACUGACAAAGCUCCAGUCUGACCUCAAGAUGUUCCUUGACAAGCUAAGCACUUUCCCGGUGCAGAAAAUCCAUCAGACUAAAACAGUAGGACUCGAUAAUAGCACGCGGACAUCCCUGGAUGCUAGUCAUGGAGGUCCUGAGAAUAGGCAACGAUCAUUACGGGGCUUGGAGUCAGCAAUGAGGGGGGCAGUUACGCUGUCUUCUGCUUGCUCGGUCUUGCGUGAUAUUCUGGAAGAGGAGAAGGAAUGGCUGGACCAGUAUGCAAAACAACCCCAAGAGCUGUUAGAGGAUCUGGACUGCUUGUGGACAGCGAAGAGCGGGCCGGAAGUCCUUUGCCUCCAUGGCGCAAGUGGCGUAGGGAAAACUGCACUUGCGAUGGAAAUUUCCAAAAGCGAGGAGAUGAAAAGAGAGUUUUCUAAUGGCAUCUUCUUUCUCACUUGUGGGCAGCACAAGCGUGGGCAUGAUGUCAUCGAUAUGGUGCGGCAGUCGGUGUGGAAUCAGAAGUAUGGCUGCCGUAGACAUUCUAAUAGUCAACAACGGUGCGUUUUCUUUAACAAGAUUGAAAGGAAUGUUGCGUUGCAAAGAGAGAUGAAGGGGAAAAGAGCUCUGAUCAUCGCAGAUGACGUGUGGACCACUGAUCAAAUAGAAUGGGUUGAAAGCCUGCUACCCGCGAGCUGCAGUGUCAUCAUUACAACGACAAACAAAAGUGUGAUUGCCACACUUCGAGCCGCAAAUGCCUAUCUUGUUGAAGCCCUGAAACAGGAAGAGGCGUACAGCUUGUUUUCUCAUUGUGCUUUUCAAGAUGAGCUUCCACCUCCUGAUAUCCAAGCAAUUUCAUUAAAGGUCUGCAAAGAAUGCUAUGGACUCCCUUUAGCCUUGCGGGUGGUGGGCUCCAAUCUUUAUUCGAGACGCUGGGAGAUGGCAGCAUGGGAGAGUUGGCUCAACUUCUUUGUGCAUCGCAUGAGUGCAGACCAGUUUCCAUCCCAGAAUGCAGGCAGUUGUUUGUCCAGGGGUUCUGAUCUUGCUAUGGAGGCAGUACAACGAUCUAUCAAUGAUGCUUGUGGAGGCUCGAAAAUGGGAAAUCUUGAUAUGGUUCUUGAUCUGGCCGGUUUUCCACAGGGUGAAAAAAUACCACGGGAUUUGAUUGAGGCAUGGUCGUCAAUCUAUCCAUCAGUAAGUGACUUGGAGACUGCGAGACAUCAGAUGAAUGAGUUUAUCAGACUCUGUCUGGUGGAAGCUCAUGGAAAUGGUUUUGUGAGCUUGAAUAGCACAGCUCGGCAAGUGAUUCUUCAUAUUAUCAGGUCAGGAGCAGAAUCAUCAGUGUCCCUAGGAGGGUAUGAGGACGGUGAUGGAGCAGCCACAGGGAGCAUGGCAGCUGUUGUUCAGCAAGAGCGCAUCCUUCUCCUUGGUGACGAAGAAAUCAUUCCGCUGGAUCUUGCUACGUUCGAACACGUGAGGAAGUUGUCAUGGAUACAGUCAGACUUCUUGACGCUGACGAAUGUUCCAUUAUGCACUCUGCCUCACUUGGUGAGUUUUUACUGGGUUUGUCCUGGAGAUUCCACACGCGCAUACGAUGCCAACAAGGCAUCUGUCACGGUGACUCAUGUUUUGGAGCAACUGACCAAAAGUAACAAGCUGGAAAUCAUGACGGUCCGCAAUUUGGCGGGCUGUGAUGUGUUUCCUUCUGAUUACUUUUCAUCAUUUCGGUACCUCAAAGUUUUAUGGUUGGAGAUUGCGAACGUGUCUCCAUUUAGUGAGUUCCCAUCCUCGGUUGCGGAUCUCCAAGAGCUUCAGGUGCUGGUCAUUCAUGUAUCUGGGGCAACAUUGACCGUUGACCCAGGAGCGAUUGAGGCGCUCACUCAGCUCAAAGUCUUGAGAACAUCUUCCAUCUUCUUUCUUGCUAGGAAAGCACUUCAGGAACAGGUGUCUGCACCCAAGAGGUCACCAGUCAGGAGGCUGUCAUGCUGCUUGGAAGAGGCAGCAGGUCUGGGUACGGAUGACACAGAAGUGGCUGUAGUACCUGACGAGGUUCUGCCCAAGCUUCUGAGUUCACGAUUUAUCGAAGAUUUCUCAAUCAGGGUUGAUAAGCUUCCUGGUUAUGGCCAUCAUAGGUAUGGUGAGAUUCAGGAUAGCACUUUGCCCUCUGCGAUUGGACAACGGACAAGACUGCGCUCGAUAGAGAUCGAGGGUUGCAGAUUGUUAAAGGUGUUGCCAGACAAGAUAGGCUGCCUAAGCAAACUUGUCACGCUAAGCAUCAGGUAUUCAUCUCUGAGAAUCCUGCCUUCCACCAUUGGUCAUCUGUCUUCUCUUACUCGCUUCGAAAUUACAGAUUCACACCUUGAAUCCAUCCCCCAUGAGAUUGGCAGUCUGCAUAAGCUGGUCGAGUUUUCCAUUGUGACUUCAUCUCUUGCGAGUCUUCCACCCACCAUUGGUAAGCUCACAUCACUGAGGUUGCUGAAAAUCGCGCAUUCGAAGCUUACAUCCAUUCCUGACGAGAUAGGGAACUUGGGAGCGCUUGUUCAUCUUGAGGUCACUCGUGCCAGGUUAACGGCACUUCCCUCAACCAUUGGAGAUCUUGUGCAUCUGACAUGUUUAGACUUUUCCCAGUCGUUCAGAUCUUGUUCCCAACGUGCUCCUGACGGAGUGUGGAAGCUGACUGCCUUGCGAAAACUUGGGCUGUCAUCCUCAGGCCAAGCACCAUGCCUAUCCACAGAAAUCGGAAACCUGGUCCACCUCAGAGACUUGCACAUUGUGCGUUCUCCGACCAUCGAUUUGCCAGAGUCAAUUAGUCGAUUAUCCCAGCUGACUUGUGUUGUCCUGUCCUUUGCAUACCAGCGGUGUGAUGAGGUGUUUGCUGUCCCCAUGCAUCCUUUGCGUGGGCUUUCUAAUGUGACUAUAACCAGUCUGAAGCAUUUAGUCUUAUCGUUUUGCUCAAACCUUCACAGCUUGCCAGCGAAUAUCGCUCAGCUGACCAAUUUGGAAAGGUUCGAGCUAAGCGAAUGCCCGCACCUGGCGAGUUUGCCUCCCGAGAUCGGAAACCUGAAACACCUCAUGGUUUUGAAGUUGACCUCGGCGUCGAUCACGGAGCUUCCAGUGUCUGUGGGGAGCUUGAGAAGUCUGAUCAGCAUCGAUCUGUCCAACUGUGAGCUACUGGCCAAGUUACCAUCAAACAUUUCCAAUCUGGGAAGGUUGAAGCAACUAGGCCUGUCCAAUUGUCGAAGCCUCCGUUCGUUUCCCGACGGCAUAGGGCAGCUGACAAACCUGGAGUCCGUUAACCUCAGAGGCUGCUCAGGACUGUCGAGACUACCCAAGGAGUUUGGCAAUCUGACGAACCUAGGGUCCAUUGAUCUGACAUCAUCAUCUCUGACAGAAAUGCCUGUAUUUUUUAGCAGACUGGACGGGCUGACGGAACUGGACCUGUCCUGUUCCGGCUCUCUUGUUGAGUUGCCUGGAGGAAUCGGACUCCUGACCAGAUUGAGGUCAUUGAAUCUGCAGGAUUGCGUGAGUCUGAGGGCUCUUCCUGAUGAUAUUGCAGACCUUACGGGUCUGGAAGAGAUUGAGCUCGCUGGUUGCAGGAAGCUUUGUUCUCUGCCUGUGGAGUUCGGCCGGAUAAGAUAUCUGACGUCAUUGAAUCUGAGUUCUUCUGGUGUAACAGAGCUCCCAGUGUCGAUAACAAGGUUGGACAGACUGACAGAACUGAAGCUGUCUUCUGCAAGCGAGCUUGUUCGGCUUCCUUCAAGAAUGUCAGGAUUGAACUGUUUGAAAUCACUAAUUCUGCGUGACUGUGUGAACUUCCGCGCUCUGCCUAACAGCAUAACAGCACUCACUAACCUAGAAAUAUUGAAUCUACAUGGCUGCAGACAAGUGACCUGCCUACCCCGGGAAAUCGGAAACCUUGUGAACCUUCAGAUUCUGCGAUUAGGGUUUUCAGGAGUGCAAGCGUUGCCUGACUCAAUCAGGAGGUUGCAGGGUCUGACAGAGCUUGACCUGACCUGGGCCUGCGAGCUUGAUCAGUUGCCGACCGGCAUAUCUGGACUCGUCAGCCUGACAUCCCUCAAUGUGCAAGGCUGUGUGAAAGUGAAGACCCUUCCAGAUGGUAUUGUAAUGCUAACAAGCCUAGAAGAGCUGAGUCUAUACGGGUGCAAGCACUUGACUCGUCUGCCUGAGCAAUUUGGAAAUCUCAGAAGACUCAGGUCUCUGUGCCUCAGUUAUUCUGGCCUGAAAGAGUUGCCUGCCUCUAUGAGCGGCUUGGAUGCGCUAACUUCGCUCGACCUAGGUUGCUUUUCUGGCUGUUUCCUUCACUUUCCUGCAGACAUUUCUGGUCUGAAAAGGCUGGAACUGUUAGAUUUGCAGGACUGCCAGAACCUGAAAGCUCUGCCAGAUUGCGUAUCCCAGCUUGUGAGCCUCAAGGAGUUGAACGUUUCUGGAUGUAAGGAGCUGAGACAUCUCCCUACAGAUAUUGGGAACUUGGAAAAUCUUCAGCUGCUGAAUCUCCGCUCGUCAGGUCUGACAGCAUUGCCUGCCUCCAUCAGCAACUUGGGGAAACUGAUGGAGCUUGACCUGUCCUUUGCAGGAGAGCUCGCCCAGUUACCAGCAGAGAUCUCAGGGCUGAAGAGUCUGCGAUUGCUAAAUCUACACAGCUGCGCAAGCCUCGAGUCCCUGCCAGAUGAAAUGACUGUCCUGAUGGAUCUGGAGGUCAUGGACGUGAGCGGCGGUAAGCACAUAGAGUAUCUUCCUAUGGAAAUCGGAAACUUGACGAAUCUCUUGGUCCUAAGCCUUGCUUCUUCUGGUGUCAUAGAGUUGCCCUCGUCAAUUAGCAGACUUGGAAGGCUUGCUGAGCUUGAUCUAUCCAGCUCCUACGGUCUUACCGAGUUGCAGCCAGCCAUUUCAGCCCUGGAAAGUCUGACCAGAUUGGAUCUGCGGUACUGCACAAGUCUGACAGCCCUGCCAAUUGGGAUUGGAAAUCUGACAAGGCUCCAGGCUCUGGAUCUGAGCUCUUCCGGUGUCACACAUUUUCCAUCAUCCCUCUACAUGUUGAAUGCGUUGACAUCCCUUGAUCUGUCUUGCUCGGCUGGGCACGUGCCUGGGGAAGUGUUCACGCUAACUGGCUUGGUAAGUUUAAGACUGUGGGACUGUGUGAACUUAAGGACUAUCCCGGAGAGCAUUUCGCAGUUGACGAAACUUGUGUUCCUGCAUCUGAGUGGGUGCAAUGACUGCAUUCAUGUGCCAUCGGAAUUUGGGUGCUUAGUAAACCUUGAGUUUCUGAGUCUGAGUUCUUCCGGUGAGAUACACCUGCCGCCCUCCAUCCGCACCCUGCAAAGGCUAAGGUCGGUCGAUCUGUCGUUUUCGAACGAGCAUUUGCCGGUGGGAAUUUCGGGCCUGAAAGGCUUGUCAAGACUAAAUAUAUGGGACUGUCCAAACCUGUCAUCUCUGCCAGACAGCAUCACAGAACAGACAAAUUUGGUGUUCCUCCACCUCAGAGGGUGUCGUCAACUGAACCGUCUACCUUGCAAGAUUGGAGAUCUGCAAAAUAUCCAGAGUCUCUCCCUGACCUCUUCUGGUUUGACAGAUUUGCCGGCCUCCACUUGCAAACUCCACCAGUUGACCACGAUGGACUUGUCCUGUUCUCCUCAACUUUCUAGGCUGCCAUCAGGAAUGUCAGAUCUGACAAGUCUGACGAGAUUGGACGCCCACGACUGCCCGAGAUUGAAGUCCUUGGAUGAUGGAAGCGUGUGCCUGCCGAACCUGGAAGUCUUGGAUCUUGCUGGCUGCAAGGAGCUCACCCGACUGCCGGAAGAGUUUGGCAAUCUAAAGGCACUUACGCGUUUGACGUUAUGCCGCACAGGUAUUGUACAGCUGCCUUCCUCCUUUACCCAGUUGGAAAGAUUGGUUGAGCUUGAUCUCUCUUUCUCGGGCGAACUGACUCAGUUGCCAGCAGGCCUGUCACGACUGCAGAGAUUGAAAAUGCUUGAUCUUCGUGGCUGUGAAAAACUGACCAAUCUUCCGUCUGACAUCCUGCAAUUUGGCAAACGCACAAACGUCCAGCUGCUUGCUGAUCCAAAGUUCGCCCUAGGCAUGGCCUGGCAGCAUGACGGCAGUGUAAGGACUUCAAAGAAGGUUCGGGUCUAGUGAUGUGGGUAUGGGUUGCCGCCUAGCUGGUCCUGCUGCACUUGACAAUUAUCUCGUUACGACAGCCACAACCUUACU